CUUGCAUAAGAUAGUUAAUACUCUGCUAAUAAACAUUCAAAUCUUGAAACAAUUUGAUUCUACAGACUUCAAUUCUUAGCUUGAGUCAAUGUUCCAGGAAAGAAAGGAAUGCAAAUUGGUUUAAAAACAUAAAGGAAAACAGUGUGCCAAUAAAACUUGCAUGGUGAUCAGGAAAACAAAGUUUAACAGGUAGAAGACUGCAGAGUAAAAGGAUUUCUUUUUCCAGACUCAGAUUGACCCAAAAUUUCUCUUGUAUCAGUUGCUUUUUCUCUCUGCUGUAACAUAUAGUAUUUGCCUUGUAUAAGAAGAUGGAAUGUGGCUUCUUUGAUUUUUCCUCUAUUAAUUUCCUUUCUCUACGUAAUCUUUUACCAGGAAACAGCCAUGGAAAAUUUGCGCCAGCUCAAGUCCAUAAGCGCUCUUCUUCCACAAACCAGAAGAAAAGAGGAGAUGGAAAAAAAUUAGUCCAAUGGGGGAAGUUCUGCUUUUGCUUUUGUCGGCUUUUGGCUAUUUGCCUUUUAGUACAUACGACUAGAGUAAGCUUGGGGUCAGGGGGGGAUGUAUUGAUGUUAACCUCAAUCAACAAAGGCCUUAAACUUAGUCAAUCAGGAAAUACCCCAUCCAAUUUCCCUGUGGGACCUCCCAAAUCCCUGAUAGGCAAAGUUUCCAGGAUUCAGGAAGGAAGAGAAGUUGGUUUCAGUAAAUGCAAAGAGAAGAACUAGCACAGAAAACCUAGUGCUUGAUUUUGAUCCUAACCUCUGGUCUUGUUCUGUUUCCGAGGAUUCUCUCUCUUCGUUUCAUUUCUAUUAACUAUAAUCUUAAACCCUUCAAUUUGUUUCUGCAAAAUAUUUAUGAUCCCUGAUGGAAGCAUUAGCUGCAGUCGGAGAAGCUUUUUUCACUGCCAUGUUUGAGGCGCUGCUUGACAGGUUUAACGCUUCUGACUUGCUAUAUUUUGCCCGAAAGGAGAAACUUUAUGUUGACCUCAAAAAGUUGGAGAAAAAGCUGCUGUGUAUCAACGCAGUUCUCACUGAUGCAGGAGAGAAGCAAGUGACAGAUAGGACAGUCAAAAUCUGGUUGACGGAGCUAGGAGACUUGGCUUACGACGUUGAGGAUGUGUUAGACGAGUUUGUCUACGAAGCUUUGCGACACAAGUUCACAGCACAACCUCGUACCAGCGUUAGAACGGUAAGAUGCUGGCACGACCUUGCUAGUUUAAGUUGUUUUAAAUGGAGUGCUGGCACGUUUAGUGUCAAGAUGGGGUCAAAGAUAAAGCGCAUCGCCGCUAGACUGCAGGAGAUUGCAACACAAAAGAACAACCUCGAAUUAAGAGAGAAUGUUGAGGGAAGGGCCUACAAAGCAAGGGAUCAAAGAUUGCCCACAACGUGUUUAGUCAAUGAAGUCAAUGUUUACGGUAGGGAGAAAGAUAUGGAAGCCAUUGUUGAGCGGCUGCUGGUUGAGACAGCAAGUCAUGCUGAAGUGCCAGUGAUUCCCAUUGUUGGAAUGGGAGGAAUUGGCAAGACGACCCUUGCUCAGCUGGUUUACAAUGAUGAUAAAGUCACUGGGUUUUUUGACUUAAAAGUAUGGAUCCAUGUUUCAGAAGAUUUCGACGUCAUAAAGGUCAUGAAAGCCAUUUUACAAGUUGUUCAUCCUGGAUUUCCUGACACCAUUGGCCUGAACUUGCACCAUAUCAAGCUGAAAGAGGAGCUAUCUGUGAAGAAAAUUUUACUUGUCUUGGAUGAUGUUUGGCAUGAUAACUACGUUGAUUGGAGUAGCCUUAUCCUCCCUUUGGAAGUUGGCAAGUCGGGAAGCAAAAUCAUCAUCACGACUCGCAAUCAAAACGUUGCUAAAAUGACAGGUACCUUGCCUGCUUAUCAGUUAAAAGAGUUGUCAUAUGAUGAUUGUUUGUCUGUUUUAGCCCGCCAUGCUUUGGGAAGCGAAAACUUUGACGGGCAUCCACAUCUGAAAGAUAUUGGCGAAGAAAUAGUAAAGAAAUGCAAGGGAUUGCCUUUGGCAGUAAAAACCUUGGCAGGCCUCCUGCGCAACAAGGUGACCUACGAAGAGUGGGAAGCUGUAUCCAAGAGCAAGAUGUGGGAUUUAACAGAAGAGAAAGGAGGCAUUUUUUCUGAAUUAAGAUUGAGUUACCAUCACCUCCCUUCUCAUUUGAAGCCAUGUUUUGCUUAUUGCUCUCUGUUUCCAAAGGACCACGAAUUUGACAGAGAUGAAUUGGUUCUUUUAUGGAUAGCAGCGGGUUUUGUGCAACAAAAAGGGGAUAAGCAACUGGAAGACAUAGGCCGCGAGUACUUUUCUGAUCUGCUAUCAAGGUCAUUUUUUCAACAGUCAAAUAAUAACAAAUCACUGUUCGUAUUGCAUGACCUCAUUAUUGAUCUUGCUCAAUCUGUUGCCGGGGACUUGUGUUUUAACAUGGAGCAUGAAGUGCAGAUUGAUGAUGGCCAACAUUCUUUUGAAAAGGCUCGCCAUGUCUCAUUCAUUCGUCAUCAAUACGAUGUCUCACGGAGGUUUGAAAUCUUUAGCAAAAGAAAGGAUGUAAGGUCAUUCCUAGCAUUGCCUAUAUUACAUCAGGGAGAAUAUUGCCAUCUAAGUAGUAAGAUAUCACACCAAUUGCUGCCAAAACUAAAACGCUUAAGAGUGUUAUCCUUGAGUGGCUAUUUCAUUGGAGACCUAUCGAAUUUGAUUGGUUAUCUGAAGCAUCUGCGGUACCUUAAUUUGUCUAGAAGUGCACUAAGAUUGCUCCCUGAGUCAGUUGGUAAUCUUCACCACUUACAAAUAUUAAUACUAAACCAGUGCAGGGAACUUACUGCUUUGCCUGUUGGAACCAGUAGAUUGAUUAAAUUGCAUCAUCUUGACAUCAGUGAUACUCCCAAGCUACAAGAGAUGCCAUCAGGACUAGGGAAUUUGAAGAGUCUCCGGGUACUGCCCAAAUUUAUCAUCGGGAAAGAUGGUGGGCUGACAUUAAGGGACUUAAAGGAUUUGUCUCUUCGAGGUCAGCUUUCCAUUCUAAGGCUGCAGAACGUGGUGGAUAUUCAAGAUGCAAGGGUUGCCAAUCUAAAGCAAAAGCUUGAUUUGAAGGAGUUAGCCCUGGAAUGGAGCGAUGAUUUAAAUCUCUCUAGAAACGGACCCAACCAAUUGCAGGUCCUUGAGUCACUGUGCCCUCCGAAAGAUCUGCAGCGGCUUUCUAUUUCAAAUUAUGGAGCUGGAGAGUUCCCAUCCUGGGUUGGGAAUCCUUCUUUUGCUAAAAUAGAGCAUCUAGACCUCUCUGAUUGUAUAAAUUGCACAUCAUUGCCAUCACUCGGGCGACUACCAUUGCUUAAAAAGUUGAAUAUAAAAGGCAUGAAUGCGGUGACAAGUUUGGGCCCCGAAUUUUACGGGGAGGGUUUUCCUUUUGUUAAGGCUUUUCCAUCUUUGGAGUUCUUGAGGUUCGAUAACAUGAAAGAAUGGAAGAAAUGGGUUUCAUCUGUUGGGAAUGUUGAACUUUUCCCUCUUCUUCGUGAGCUUAUACUGCACAACUGUCCUAAGUUGACUGGAAACUUACCUAGAUACCUUUGUUCUCUGGUGAAACUAGAUGUUCAAAUGUGCCCAGUGUUAACAAAUUCACCUUUAAGCUUCCCAUGCUUGGGUGAAUUGAAUGUUGCAGACUGUAGUGACGCAAUUCUUAAAAGCAUGGUUGAUCACAGCUCCAUCACCAAAUUGAAAUUGGAGAGAAUUUCCGGCCUUGCCUGCUUAACUAAAGAGCUUACAAAGUCCUUGGUGAAACUUGAAGUUCUAGAGAUUGAAAGUUGCAGUGAACUUACCUGUUUCUGGUGGAAUGGAUCAGAAUCAGAAAACGUGCCUUGGCUAAAGAGUUUAGUGCUAAAGAAUUGUCCCGAGCUUGUAUCCUUUUUCGGAGAAAAGCAAGGGCUAUGCUGCUUCUCAUCUCUUAAAGAUCUCAGGAUUGAAAGCUGCCCAAAAUUUGUUUGCUUUCCACCGAUGGGGCUGCCCUAUACACCAGAGUGCCUUACAAUCCAUGACUGUAAGGCUCUGGAGUCAUUGCCUGAUACGUUUAGGAUGAAAGACUGCAGCAACCCCUAUUGCCUUCUUGAAGAGUUGGAGAUUGUAGGAUGCCCUUCUCUGAAAACCGUCCCAAAUAGCAGGUUGCCCUGGACACUCAAGAAGUUGAGUAUAGUAAACUGCAACAAUCUACAGUUUCUUCCUGAUGACAAUUGGAAUAGCGCAUCUCGUCUUGAAUAUUUGUGUAUAGAAGAUUGUCUUGCUUUGGAAUCCUUCCUGGAAAGUGGGUUGUCAAUCCCUAAUCUUAAAAUUCUCCGCAUAUCCAACUGUUCGAAUCUCAGGUCCCUGCCAAAGCAGAUGCAGAACGUCACAUCCCUUCGGGAACUGAGUUUAUCUGACUGCAUGGCCCUCGAAUCCAUUCCACUUGGUGGUUUGCCACCCAACAUAACUUCACUCGAGCUCCGUAACUGUAAAAACCUGAAGAAGCCGAUGUCAGUGUGGCGCCUGGACAAACUCAACCGUCUUACGGAAAUCAAAAUUGCUGGUACAUGCCCUGCUGCAGACAUGGUUUCCUUUCCAGAUGAAGAGGGCGUAAUGCUUCCUUCAACCCUGACCGAUCUUCGCAUGGAAAGCCUCCAGAAUUUGGAAUCUCUGUCGAGGGGACUCGAAAGCCUCACAGCACUCGAGCAGUUACACAUUAAAGACUGCCGUAAGCUUCGAUACCUACCAAAGAAAGGCCUGCCAGCUUCGCUUGGACGACUGUGCAUCUCUGGCUGUCUUGUUUUACAAGACAAGUGCAAAAAAGACACAGGAGAAUACUGGCCCAUGAUAUCCAACAUCCCUUGCCUUGAAAUAGACUGAAAAAGCUAUGCCGAAUCAGAAUUGAGAGAGGCGGUUUGCUGAACAGGUUACAGUCAAAGAUGGUUGAACUGCAAUACAGUAACCAAGUUGGAGAUGAUCAUGCUUGAAAUUGCCAAUGAGGCAGUUGGGAAGUUACACCGAACAAUGAAGAUCACAUAACAAACUGGUUUUGGACGAUAUUGCAAUAGCUUGUGGGAAGAUACAGAAAUUGAUACACCUGCAAUAAUCUUCUUCCUAGCAUGCUCCUUGAGCACAUAUUUUUAUCUUUUCCUUUCUUCUCAAGGGAUAUAAUGGUGUAACAGUGUGCCCGUCUGAGUUAAAUGCACCACUGGUCACAGAAUUGGUGAUAUAAUUUACUUCUUAUCU